ACUGGUGGUAUCUCAGCUACCAGCAGUGUGCGUUUUGUACACACGGGUUUGUUGGUGACAUUUGUUGUUUGGGAUCAAAACACACCUCCAGCCUGAGGUACGUGCAAGGCCUGGAAAAGCUCUCAGCAUUUUUUCCUCGCCAAGUGGAAGCUGCUUUAUGAAAACCAGUCCCAGCAGUGGGACUUUUCCCACUGAUGGAGCAUUCUAAUUGAGACGCGUUUCCAUUAGAUGUAGACAGUGACACACGUUUUAAAAUGUAUCAUUUUCUUCCACACAGAGGUAUAGCGGGGUUUAUCCUGUUUGUUUUUCUCCAUUGGUUUGCUUCGUUGGGUUUUUUUUGCCUUGUGGGUGCCUCGUUCAAGUUUUAUUCUAACUGGGCUGGCUAACGAUGCUCACCGUUACUUAGGCUCCACAUUACCAAGCCCUGUCUGAGCUUCUCUCGGUAAACAGGCGAGAAAGUUCUAAGAGAACGUUAGCGCUUCCGAUGGCGAAAGGCCUACAGCAGGGCGGUCAUUACAGCAGGCCGGUCUCUCCGUCACCCUCCGCCCGCCCCCCGUCCCGCAGUAUCUGUGCUGGACCGCCUGGCGGCGCGUUAUGGCGCAGGCGGAGCAUGGCGGCCCGCCCCGUCUGGAAGCGCCGUAGUGACGGGGCCGGAAGCACCACCCGUUGUUUCCUGGCGGUGCGGGCUGCGGGCACGCCUCCCGCCGCUGCGGCCCCUCAUGGCCUUCAACUUCGGGGCGGCGGCGGGCGCCGGGGCCUCCAACCCUAGCGGAUUUGGUGGGCUUGAAACCACAAACUCCACCGCCGGUGGGUUUAAUUUUGGGGGUUUCGGAUUAGCUGCUAAUCCCGCAGUGAAUUUUAAUAUUGGGAAUUUCGGUGUUUCUACUACCUCAACUCCGCCAUUCAAUUUUGGUAACAGUCUGGCAAGUGCAGGUGCGUUUGGAGGAUUUGGGACAACCACUACCACUGCAGCACCAGCAUUUAGUUUCUCUGCUCCCACCAAUACUGGCACCAGUGGACUCUUUGGUGCUUCCCAGAACAAAGGCUUUGGAUUUGGUACUAGUUUUGGGACAGGAACUGGUACUGGCUUGGGUACUGGGUUGGGAACUGGGUUAGGCUUUGGAGGCUUCGGUACCCAGCAGCAGCAGCAGCAGCAGCAGACCUCGUUAGGAGGCGGUUUGUUCAGCCAGCCUGCUCAGACACCUGCCCAGUCAAACCAGCUCAUCAAUACUGCCAGUGCUCUCUCAGCUCCAACACUCUUGGGAGAUGAGAGAGAUGCCAUCUUGGCAAAAUGGAACCAGCUGCAGGCCUUCUGGGGAACAGGAAAGGGGUACUUCAGCAAUAACAUCGCUCCAGUGGAGUUCACACAGGAAAACCCAUUUUGCAGAUUUAAGGCUGUGGGUUACAGUUUAAUGCCCAACAACAAAGAUGAAGAUGGCCUGGUGGUCUUGGUCUUCAACAGAAAAGAAGCAGAUAUUCGAAGCCAGCAGCAGCAGCUCGUAGAAUCACUGCAUAAAAUUCUGGGAGGAAACCAGACCCUUACUGUCAACGUAGAGGGUGUUAAAACAAUGCCAGAUGACCAGACAGAAGUGAUCAUUUAUGUCGUUGAGCGUUCACCCAAUGGCACUUCAAGGAGAGUUCCAGCAACCACCCUCUACGCCCACUUUGAACAAGCCAACAUAAAGUCAUCCCUGCAGCAGCUGGGGGUCAGCUUCUCCAUGGCCAGAACGGAACUCUCCCCAGCCCAAGUCAAACAGCUCCUUCAGAACCCCCCUGCUGGUGUUGAUCCUAUUAUAUGGGAGCAAGCCAAAGUUGAUAAUCCCGAUCCUGACAAGCUUAUUCCUGUGCCCAUGGUGGGUUUCAAAGAACUGUUGAGAAGAUUGAAGGUCCAAGAUCAGAUGACCAAACAGCAUCAAACUCGCUUAGAUAUAAUAUCAGAAGAUAUCAGUGAGCUGCAGAAAAACCAGACUACAACUAUGGCAAAAAUCGCACAGUACAAAAGGAAACUGAUGGCUCUUUCUCACAGAACGUUACAGGUGUUGAUAAAACAAGAGAUCCAAAGGAAAAGUGGCUAUGCCAUUCAAGCAGAUGAAGAACAGCUUCGUGUACAAUUAGAUAUAAUUCAGUGUGAACUUAAUGCACCGACACAGUUCAGGGGUAGACUGAAUGAGCUCAUGUCCCAAAUCAGAAUGCAAAAUCAUUUUGGAGCAGUGAGGUCGGAAGAGCGUUAUUACAUAGAUUCAGACCUCUUAAGGGAAAUUAAGCAACAUCUGAAGCAGCAGCAAGAAGGCCUGAGUCACCUAAUUAGCAUUAUAAAGGAUGACCUGGAGGACAUCAAACUGAUAGAGCAUGAGUUGAAUGAGAGCAUUCCCAUGAGAGGAGGUUUCUUCAGUUGAUGCCUGGGAUGCUGCUGAGCUCACAUGGAAUGUUAUUCGAGUUUAUGGUUCACCUUCCAAGGCCAAAACUGGUGAGGUAAAAUAAAAUGUGCAUCUUUCAGGAGCAAUGGUGUAUUGGCUGUUAUUUUUUUUAGAACUUGCAAAGCCUCUUCUAAGCUUUUGAAUUUGACCUUUGGAAGGUUUAUAUUUUGUAAAGCUGUAUACGCUUUAAAAAAAAGAAGGAAAACUGAAUCUGUUCAGAUACUGUUUUACUAUAAAACAAUAUGUACUAUUGUACAUUUUUUUUCUUUAAUUACAACAGAAUUGUCUUAGAAAUGCAGUGCUGAGGGAAUUGUUCCACUUGUGACUUGGUUUGUAGAAGCUCAGCUACUUCCAUGUUUUUGUCAAAACAGCUGAGUAACAUCAUGUAAAGAGCUAAUCUGAAUCUUUACAGAAAUGUCUGUACUAUGUUGGUCUCUGUAAUGCUGGUAGUUUUCUUGGGCAUUUCCAGGGUCUGCCCUUCCUUUCAACUGUUUACAUAUGUGAAUUUCACAGUGCUUUUCUGUCCCUCAGCUAAAAACAGUGUUUAGAUGAUGUCUUCUGCUUUUUUUUUUUUAAUUUGAAUUUCUGGAGAAUAAUAAAUUCAGUCUGACUUUGUAA